AGGUACUCAAUGUGUUCAGAACUUCGUCAUUAUCAUCAUCAUCAUCACCAUCAAUCACCUUCAUGACAUUUUAACCUUUACUUUCUCUAUUCCGCUGCCGGUCAUUUGCUUUCCCAAAUGACUGAACGAGUGCGUGGAUCCCACGGUAACCCUGCGCAGCACGCUGAGCACCUGAAGAUGCAGAAGCUGAGUGUGGUGGUCCAGGCCCUGGCAGUGGUUCUCAUCGCCAUCACGCUCGUCUGCGGCCUCUAUUUCGCGCUCACGGGGGACCAAGGCCCUAGCCACGUCGUGGUUCCCGCAUCCUCCUCGGGUCCCAGGAACCGAUUCCUCAACGCGGUUGUGACCACGGACUCCGGGCUGUGCUCUGACAUCGGAAGGGACGUGCUCAAAGAGGGUGGCAGUGCAGUGGACGCUGCCAUAUCAGCCUUGCUGUGUGUGGGGCUCACCUGUGCCCACAGCACGGGUAUAGGCGGUGGACUCUUCCUGACCAUCUACAACGCCAGCACCGGCACAGUUGAGGCCAUCAAUGCCAGGGAGGGAGCUCCACUGAAUGCUACUCAAGACAUGUUUGGAGGUGAUGCCGGCUCGUCGCGCAUCGGCGGGCUGGCUAUAGCCGUGCCCGGUGAAAUUCGAGGUUAUGCGCUAGCCCACAGACGUCACGGCCGCCUGCCUUGGGCGCGCCUCUUCCAGCCCAGCAUCGCGCUGGCGAGGAACGGCUUCCGAAUGCCCGGCCCACUCGCCAGUGCCGUCAUGGAGCACCGGCAAGCCAUCGAAGCCAGCCCCUCCUUAUGCGAUGUGUUCUGUGAUGGCCAUGGGAAAAUCCUGCAAGUAAACAGCACUGUGAGAGACGAGAGGCUGGCGGAGACGCUGCAGGUGAUUGCGGCAGAGGGUCCCGAUGCCUUUUAUGACGGAUCACUUUCCAAAAGCAUUGUCGAUGACAUCCAAGCGGAAGGUGGCAUCAUCGCGCUGGAGGACCUGCGGGCCUACGAGCCGGAGCUGGCUGAGAUCCCCUUGCUGGUGGAGGUCGGGCGCUACCGGGUGUACACGCCGCCCCCGCCAGCCAGCGGAGCUGUGCUCAGCCUCAUCCUCAACAUCCUCGAAGGCUUCCACUUCUCCGCCGACAGUGUGUCCACGGCGAAAGAGAAAGCGCUGACCUACCACCGCAUCGUCGAGGCCUUCAAGUUCGCGUUCGCAAAGCGGAGCGAGCUGGCCGACCGUCGCUUCGCCGACGUCCGGGACCUGGUGCGGAACCUGACGUCGGAGGAUUAUGCCCAGGCGCUCCGUUGGAAGAUCAGCGGCGACUCGACGCACCCGGCCCGGUUCUACGAGUCGAUGUUCUCGCACGCGGAGGACGCGGGAGCCUCGCACGUCUCCGUGGUGGCCGGGGACGGCAGCGCCGUCAGCGCCACCUCCAGCAUUAACCUGGGUUUUGGUUCGCUGGUUCGCUCCAGGACAACCGGUAUCAUUUUCAACAACGCGAUGGACAGUUUCUCAUCCCCGUUUACCAUCAACACCUCGGGAGUACAGCCAUCGCCAGCCAACUACAUCCAGCCAGGGAAGCGUCCACUCUCCUCCAUGUGCCCAGCGGUGGUUAUGGACGAGGACGCGCAGGUGAAGAUGGUGGUGGGUGCAGCCGGUGGGAUCCGCAUCGUCACGAGCGCCGCCCUGGCCAUAAUUAACACGCUCUGGUUUGGACAAGACAUCAAGGCGGCUGUUUCUGCACCACGGUUGCACCAUCAACUCCUGCCAAAUAAAGUCAUCGUUGAGGAUGGGUUCGAUCAGGCCGUGGUGGACGGCCUUCGCUGCAGGAACCACGAGGUUGCCCUCCAGUCUCCUGCCGCCGACUCGGUCGUGCAAGCCAUCGUGCGCGUCGGCAGCCACUGGUGCGCCGAGUCCGACUACCGCAGGGGCGGCCGCCCCGCCGGGUACUGAGAGGCGGACUCAGAGCGGUGGCACGGGGAAUGUCACCGACAUUGCUGCGUCUGGGAGACCUCG